UUUACAAUACAAAAUAGCAAAAUCUAACCGUGUUUCAACAGGCUUCAACAGUCUAUCAAGGACAUGAAGACUUUCUUUGCUAUCUUCAUUUUCUGCUUUCUUCUCCUGUCUGCCAACCCCAACCACGCGAGAAAAGAACCAGGGGACUAUUGGAAGAGUGUAAUGAAGGAUCAACCAAUGCCAGAAGCAAUCAAAGGCCUUUUGCAUCAAGAUCCAGCUUCAGCUUUGGGUUCUGAGAAGAACAUGAAGCACUUUGUCACGGAUUUCGACACCAGACAUAGCGCUAUAAUAUACCACAGCGGUCCCCAGUCUAAAGUAGAAGACAACCCUCAAGUCAAGGACUUGAAGGAUCAGAAACAGCAAAAAUCUGAUAAAAAGAACUAGACAGAAAGCUUGAAUUCAUGGAGGUUUCCAUGUCCAUACGAUGUUUGUAGCCAGUAGUGUGCUUGGUUGGUGAUUAGUGUUUAGAAGUCAGAACUAGCUCUGGGUGUUGGGAUUAAACUAGGAACUUUUCUUAGUUAUUCUUCAAUCUUGCUCUUGAGCUAUUUUGAUCGUUGGGUAUUAAACUUGGAAAACUUACUGCUUAAUUCUAUAUAAACCUAAUUUAAGCAAA